AUGUCGGGCGCAGAAGACCCUACUUCUCCCAUGGACGUCGGCGCGUCCGCCCCUCCGGCCUCCAGUAGCGGAGCUGCCGAAGACGAAACCUCCUCCGAGGUUCCUGUCCGGAGAUUUGAAGUUAAAAAGUGGUCUGCAGUCGCCCUCUGGUCGUGGGACAUCGUCGUCGACAACUGUGCAAUUUGCCGAAACCACAUCAUGGACUUGUGUAUCGAGUGCCAGGCGAGUCAGGGAGGCUCCAGUUCCGAGGAGUGCACCGUCGCCUGGGGCGUGUGCAAUCACGCGUUCCACUUCCACUGCAUCUCCAGAUGGCUUAAGACCCGGCAAGUCUGCCCACUGGACAAUGCAGACUGGGAAUUUCAAAAGUAUGGGCGGUAG